AGACCCAUUUCUUUCUUUGUCCUUUUUUAAGAAUGAGAACCCAAACCACCAUAACUGUAGCACAUCGCCAUAACCAUAUUUUUUCAUCUCCUUCUCCGUAGAGAUCAUAGUAGGGAUGGUUUUAGCUCCAUCAAAUUUGAUUCGAUUGUUGACACGAUCUAGUGAGUAAAGGGAGAGCUGCUUAGGCGAGAGACACCAAUCAGAGGGAGGAGAGCUUCCGCAGAAGUGAAGGGGAGAGACGGUCACUUGAGUCCUCUUAUCGUGGGACAACGUGGCCGUCUGGGACAACUUGUCCUGUUCUCAAAAUUGUCUUUUUUAUUUAUUUUUAAUAUUUCUCUUUUUUUUUUUUUUCUUUUUUUUCUUUUUUUGUUUUUUGGGGUCUGUAUAAAAUGGCUAUAAACGCUGAAAGAGUAAUAGUAUAAUUUUCAAGGAAGCAAACAUCGAAAUUUUCCUACAAUUAGCUAUAGGAAUCUAAACCAUGGCUACUUUAGCCCUGCUUUUGCUCUUUUAUCUUUUUCAUCUUCAACUGGAUGUUCAUGCAUUGCCCUCUUCAUCUGAUUAUGAUUUUAGUUACAUGAAAUCUGUCUACAGUGCCAGUGAUCUACCAUUAAAAGAAGAGUAUGACUAUAUAAUAGUGGGAGGUGGCACAGCAGGUUGUCCUUUGGCUGCAACUUUAUCAGCAAACUACUCGAUUCUUAUCCUUGAAAGGGGCAGUGUUCCUGCUUCAUACCCACUGGUGUUGAAGUCAAGCGGGUUAUUAACUAACCUCUUGCAGGAAGACGACGGUAAAACACCUGCUCAGAGGUUUACUUCAGAAGACGGUGUUGCAAAUGUUAGAGGAAGAGUCCUUGGUGGCAGCAGCAUGCUCAAUGGAGGAUUCUUCUCCAGAGCCGAUGACCAAUUCUAUAAUGAAUCUGGCAUUGAUUGGGACAUGGAUGCGGUGGAGGAGGCAUAUCAAUGGGUGGAAGACACUAUUGUUUACCAGCCGAAUCUAUCAGCUUGGCAAUCUAUUUUUAGAGACGCUUUGCUUGAAGCAGGAGUUGGUCCUGACAAUGGAUUCACUCUGCAACAUUUAGUGGGAACCAAAACUUCUGGUUCAAUCUUCGAUAAUGAGGGAAGGAGACAUGGAGCUGUGGAGCUUCUUAACAGAGGCGAACUGAAGAACCUGAAAGUUGCGGUUGAGGCCUAUGCGGAGAGAAUCAUCUUCUCUUCCAAAGCAUCAGGUGUGACUGCAACUGGAGUCGUAUACAGUGAUUCGAAAGGUAGGACUCAUGAGGCAUUCAUAAGAGAUGAAGGAGAGGUGAUAUUGAGUGCAGGGGCAAUUGGGAGUCCUCAGCUUCUUCUACUUAGUGGAGUUGGUCCAGUAGCUCAUCUUUCAUCACAUACAAUUCGUGUAGUCAGCCAAAAUCCUGAUGUGGGAAAUUAUAUGUCUGAUAAUCCUCGUAAUAACAUCAAUAUUGUAGUCCCAUUUGCAUUAGAUCCAUCAGUUAUACAGGUGGUAGGAAUUACCAAUGAUUUCAAUUACAUAGAGGCACUCUCUCACAAUGCCUCAUUUACUUUUCCUCAACCUUUUAGCUUUUAUUCAAAUGGAAUCACUCCUUUAGAAUUGAAUGUGGCAACUAUUGUUGAGAAGUUUUCUGGACCUCUGUCGAGUGGCUCCCUCCGGUUGGUUUCAUCGACCGAUGUGAAAGUUAGCCCAACCAUCCGAUUCAACUACUUUGAAGAACCAGAGGACCUUGCUCGUUGCGUAAGAGGAAUGAGGAAGGUCGGUGAUAUGCUGAAGACUGACUCCAUGGCAGGACUUAAGUUUGAAGAUUUAGAAGGUGCCGAAGGUUUCAGGUUUUUAGGACCUUCUUUGCCAAGUAACCAAUCAGAUGAUGCAUCAAUGGAGGCAUUUUGCCGAAGCACGGUGACAACCAUCUGGCAUUACCAUGGUGGAUGUGUGGUUGGAAAGGUGGUGGAUGGUGAUUUGAGGGUGGUGGGUACAAAUUCACUUCGAGUGGUAGAUUCAUCCAUAUUCAAUACAUCACCCGGAACCAACCCUCAGGCCACCCUCAUGAUGAUAGGCCGGUAUGUUGGCCUUAAAAUGUUGCAGAAAAGAGAGGCAGCGAAACAGAUUAUUUACUAUCAAAAAAAAUAGUAAAUUAGAAAAAUAAAUUUGCUAAACGUCCAUUUUAUUGGACGAGUAUGGUCAAUAAAUCAUUGUGGUCGGAGUGCAAUUAUGCAUAAUGUUUUGUGGAACUUACUUUUUUUUUUUUUGGGAUAAAAUUUGUAGAACUUAUUUGUGUUGGUUUACUGAUGGCAAUCCUUAUUAUUUUAUAUCUAAGAAGGGGAUUUGUACUUUUA